AUGGACAGAUCUUCCCAUAUAUUGUCAGAAACAGAUAUUGAUGAAUGUGAAGAUCCAAAUGUGUGCUCCGGGAUUUGUGUGAACAAACAGGGCAGCUUUGACUGCGUCGCUGGUAGAAAGACAGUUAUUCUUGUUGGGGUUGGGGCAGGCGUUGGGGCACUAGUUUUGUGUAUUUUCUUGUGGAGGUUGUACAAAUACAUCAAGAAGAGAAAAGAAAUCAAGCUCAAAGAGAAGUACUUCAAACGCAAUGGUGGCCUUUUGUUGAAAAGCGAGCUAUCUUCACCGGAAGGCAACGUUGAGAAAAGCAAAUUGUUCAAUUCCAAGGAUUUAGAGAAGGCCACUGACAAUUUCAAUGAUGAUAGGAUACUUGGGCAAGGUGGACAGGGUACUGUUUACAAGGGAAUGUUAACAGAUGGAAAAAUAGUUGCGAUUAAGAAAUCAAAAGUGAUCGACGAGGGAAAAGUCGAACAGUUCAUAAAUGAAGUCCUCAUUCUCUCACAAAUCAACCAUAGGAAUGUGGUUAAGUUAUUGGGGUGUUGCUUGGAGACGGAAGUCCCGCUUUUAGUGUAUGAGUUCAUAUCAAAUGGGACUCUAUAUCAAUAUCUGCAUGACCCAAAUCAAGAGUUUCAUGGCACUUUCGGCUAUCUAGAUCCCGAGUAUUUCCAAUCAAGUCAAUUCACAGACAAAAGUGAUGUGUACAGCUUUGGAGUGGUACUUGUUGAACUCUUAACGCGGCAAAAGCCAAUUUCUUCACUGAGGGAACAAGAAGGAAGAAGCCUCUCGACCUAUUUCAUAAUCUCGAUGGAGGAGAAUCGCUUGUUUGACAUUGUCGAUGCUCAAGUUUUGAAAGAAGGUAACAAGGAAGAGAUUGCAUCAGUUGCUAACCUUGCGAAAAGGUGCUUAAACUUGAAUGGGAGGAACCGACCAACAAUGAAAGAAGUGGCAAUGGAGUUGGAGGGGAUAAGGAAGCUCCGAAAUCCUUGGGGUAUACUACAAAAUCAGGAGAACCGUGAAGCAACUAAAUCUUAUGAUGCUGCUUUUCCAUCUAAGAAGUCAAACGUUGACAUGGAUGUCAUUACAUUUUCGGAUGUUCAGCCACUUUUACCUAGUGAGACGUGGUGA